GUCCCUCUGUGCAAGAAAACUGCGACACAUUUCUCUUCUCCAUCUGCUUAUCAGGGACAAACACAAGAGAUCAGCGAACAUGCCUACCGUAAGCGUGAAAUGGCAAAAGGAGGUGUUCCCAGCUGUAGAAAUUGACACAAGCCAACCCCCAUUAGUUUUCAAAUGCCAGUUGUAUGAUCUAACUGGAGUACCCCCCGAGAGACAGAAGAUUAUGGUUAAAGGUGGUUUGCUGAAGGAUGAUGCAGACUGGUCAACAGUAGGAGUGAAAGAGGGUCAAAAAUUGAUGAUGAUGGGAACUGCUGAUGAAAUUGUAAAAGCCCCAGAGAAAGGCCCUGUUUUUAUGGAGGAUCUUCCAGAGGAAGAGCAAGUUGUUGCUGUGGGUCACACUGCUGGUCUUUUUAAUCUGGGGAAUACCUGCUACAUGAACUCCACAUUACAGUGCCUGCAUUCAGUUCCAGAGUUGAAGUCUGCGUUACUCAAGUAUCCUCAUUCUGGAAGAAGCAACGAGUUGGAUCAGUCUUCACAUCUCUUGACCAUGGCGACGAGAGACCUAUUUACCGAUCUUGAUAGAAAUUUCAAGCCCGUUACCCCAAUGCAUUUUUUGACGGUGUUACGUAAAAAGUAUCCACAAUUUGGCCAACUGCAUAAUGGUGUUUACAUGCAACAGGAUGCAGAAGAAUGUUGGACCCAACUUCUGUACACACUUUCCCAGUCUCUUAAAUCACCAGAUUCCAGAGAGAAUCAAGAGACUGUCAAGGCUCUUUUUGGUAUUGAUCUUGUCAGCAGGGUGCAUUGUGCAGAAAGUGGUGAAGAAUCUUCAGAGUCAGAGUCAGUUUACUCACUUAAAUGCCACAUAUCUCAUGAGGUCAACCAUUUGCACGAGGGUUUAAAGCAUGGACUAAAGUCAGAGCUGGAGAAAGUCUCACCUUCAUUGGGUCGUAGUGCAAUUUACUUGAAGGAGUCACGUAUUAGUGAUUUACCAAGGUAUUUGACUGUUCAGUUUGUUCGUUUUUUCUGGAAGAGGGAGUCAAAUCAGAAGGCAAAGAUAUUGCGGAAAGUUGAUUACCCAUUGGAGUUGGAUGUUUAUGACUUAUGUUCUGAAGAACUCCGCAAAAACUUGGAAGGUCCUCGUAAGAUUCUAAGAGAUGAAGAAAGCAAAAAGUUUGGGCUGAAAACCAGUGAGAAGAACACUGAUUCAAAAGAGAACGAUGUAAAGAUGCUCGACAUAGAGGGAUCAUCAAAUGGAGGUGAACCAUCAACAGCUACAAACCAGGAAGGUGUUCCAUCAGAUAAACAAGCUCAGUUUACUGGAAUCUAUGACUUGAUUGCUGUACUUACCCACAAGGGGAGGAGUGCGGACUCUGGGCAUUAUGUUGCUUGGGUCAAACAAGAUAACGGGAAAUGGAUUCUAUAUGAUGACGACAAUCCAACUCCACAGAGGGAGGAAGACAUCACUAAGCUCUCUGGGGGAGGUGAUUGGCAUAUGGCAUAUAUUUGCAUGUACAAGGCCCGCGUUGUGUCUGACAUGUCGAGUUCUAGUUCUACAGUUGGAAAAUCGGUUGAUUUAUCUGAGGCAUCAUAAUUUAACAGUUGUAUUAGUCAACUGUGUAAUUUAAAGAGGGGGGGGGGGCACCCCUUGUAUUCUUUGAAAUGGGUGGAAUGAUGUGUACAAUGACCUGGAAGGACCCUAAAAUUGCUGAACAUUAUUGACUACCCUCCAUAUAUUGGCAGUUUGCCUCUUGUUUU